UACAUAUCGUUUCUUUUCGUGGGCUUCCUCAUACUAUUGUUCAAAUUUGUUUCACACCAGUUGGCUGUUGAUAAGGAGAAAAUAAGAAAUAAUUUCUGAGAAGACUAAAGGCAACUGAAACAAAGUUUCCCGGAAAUUAUUUGGACUUUUUCUCUACAGAAGUCCACUCUCCCAAUUAAAAUAAACAGAAAAUAAUCGACCAAAAGUAAUAAAAUACAUCAAUUGACUCAUUAAAUUAUUCAUGUACGCAUCUCUCCAAUGCUAUAAAUACAGCCCAUCAGUUUAACCAUAUACUCCACAAAAACAACUAGUUUCAAUCACUAUCAGUCCUCUUCAAAAAUCCACCUCAAUGGAAGGUACUACCUGGACUGCGUAUGCUGCAGUAUUUCUUGGUACUCUCUUUCUUUUGCUCCUCUCCAAAUUUUUACGCCAGAAGAAACUCAACUUACCUCCAGGCCCGAAACCAUGGCCGAUCAUCGGAAAUUUACACCUGAUGGGCAAUCUUCCUCAUCGAUCCAUCCACGAGCUCUCUGUCAAGUACGGGCCCAUUUUGCAACUACAAUUCGGGUCUUUCCCUGUUGUAGUAGGAUCCUCGGUUGAAAUGGCCAAAAUUUUCCUCAAAUCCAUGGAUAUCAACUUCGUAGGCAGGCCUAAAACUGCUGCAGGAAAACACACCACCUAUAAUUAUUCUGAUAUCACAUGGUCCCCGUAUGGAUCAUACUGGCGUCAGGCACGUAGAAUGUGCCUGACGGAGUUGUUCAGCGCGAAAAGGCUGGAUUCAUACGAGUAUAUUCGGGCAGAGGAACUUCAUUUGAUUCUCCGAAAUCUGAAUAAGUUAUCAGGGAAGCCGAUUUUGCUGAAAGAUUACUUGACGACCCUGAGUUUAAAUGUUAUUAGCAGGAUGGUACUGGGGAAAAGGUAUUUGGAUGAAUCCAAAAACUCUAUUGUUACUCCUGAGGAAUUUAAAAAGAUGUUGGAUGAAUUGUUCCUGCUAAAUGGAGUACUUAAUAUUGGAGAUUCAAUCCCCUGGCUUGGUUUCAUGGACUUGCAAGGUUAUGUUAAGAGGAUGAAAGUUUUGAGCAAGAAAUUCGACAAGUUUUUGGAGCAUGUACUUGAUGAGCAUAACGUGAGAAGGAAAGCAGUGGAAAAUUACGUUGCUAAAGACAUGGUGGAUGUUCUAUUGCAGCUUGCUGAUGAUCCAUCUCUGGAGAUUAAGCUGGAGAGACAUGGAGUCAAAGCAUUCACUCAGGACUUGUUGGCUGGUGGAACUGAGAGUUCAGCAGUGACAGUGGAAUGGGCAAUUUCAGAGUUGUUAAAGAAGCCAGAUAUUAUCAAAAAGGCUACAGAGGAAUUGGAUCGAGUAAUAGGCCAAAACAGGUGGGUACAAGAAAAAGACAUCCCAAAUCUUCCAUACAUAGAGGCAGUUGUGAAAGAGACUAUGCGACUGCACCCCGUGGCACCAAUGUUGGUGCCACGUGAGUGUCGGGAAGACUGCAAGGUAGCUGGCUACGAUGUUCAGAAAGGAACCAGGGUCCUCGUGAGCGUGUGGACUAUCGGAAGAGACCCUACAUUGUGGGAUGAGCCAGAGGCAUUCAAGCCCGAGAGGUUCCUCGAGAAGUCCAUCGAUGUCAAAGGACAUGAUUUUGAGCUAUUGCCAUUUGGAGCUGGGAGGAGGAUGUGUCCAGGCUACAGCUUGGGGCUUAAGGUGAUUCAAGCAAGCUUAGCUAAUCUUCUACAUGGAUUUAAAUGGUCAUUGCCUGAUAAUAUGACUCCUGAGGACCUCAACAUGGAAGAAAUUUUUGGACUCUCCACUCCAAAAAAGUUUCCACUUUCUGCUAUGAUUGAGCCAAGACUUCCACCAAGUCUUUACUCUGUUUGAUUCAGCACUAAUAUGGUUUCAUCAAGAUAGAGUGUUUGCCUUUUUGAAUUGGUGUUGUAAAAGUCUUUUGUAAUCUUGUAUCUUUUUCUUUGCUUGAAAGUGGUUUGUAGUGAACUCAUUAGUAUGUAUGUCAUAAAUCAUACAGUAAUAAUGCAGAUAACUUUUUCAGAAUC